AUGGCGGAGAUCACCGACAAGCAGCUCGGCACCCUCGAAAGAUUGCCACAGGAGAUUCGCGACAUGAUUUACGACCAUAUCAUCAUCGCCAAAAAGGCCGGACAUCACCAUGUCCUCAAACAUGAUCGCAAGGACGGGAGUCUCAAUCGAUUCCAGCGUGUCGGUGACAUCAAGAUCAACAACAUGCCACCACUGCUCCUCGCAAGCAAGCGCAUCAUGACCGAGUUGACGUACCAAGCUGGAGCGCACAACACAGUCUACAUCACCAUCUUCCAGGACCGCGUCGAGUAUCUGGACGCAGAUGUGGACUUUAGACAUAUCGACAACAGCUAUCAGGCCGAGGAUCCCUACCUCUACGCCUUGGACGUCAGCGCCGACGACGACAAGCUUGUGCGCGUGCCGAGGAUGAACAUCGCAGUCGCUGUCGAACAGAUCGAGCUCACCAACAUUCUCCAGCUCAAAGGGAAGGAUCCUGAACGCGAGGCACCGAAGAAGAAAACCAAGAAGCGCGUCACGGUGAAGCGCGCGGCUCAUGAGGUGCUUGCUGAGGAGGUGCGCGCGAUGGGUCGGCAUGAUCGGGCCAUCGAGAAGGCUAGGCGCAACCGAGGCGACAUCGAACGGAAGGCAUCAGAAGCGGCGCAGAGCAGAGUCGCGUUCGAACGGGACCCGGCUCAGGAAGAAGAGAUGAUGAACAAGGGCAGUCGUGCUCAUCCCAAAGGCAAUACCGCUGACCUUAGUCAGAGUGGUGACGGCCGCAGUGGGGCUGGCAGGUAUGGCGGCGGGUAUGAGCGCUCGUACUACUUCGUUGAACAGACGGCUGCUGGAGAAGACCGUCGCACCACGCCGGAGGGUACAAAGGCCCGUGCAAGAGGCAAGAAGAUAGAGGCGCUACGGAGCUCGGAGGUCGCGGCGAUCAUAAGCGCGCUCGAACCGGCAUUCCUGGUAUAG